AGUAAUUUUUUAAUAGAAAUAAGAAAAUUUCUUGGAAGAGAUGAAAAAAGAAAACGAAAGGUUUUGAGUGAAGGAGGAAGAAUAUGUUUAUAUAUAUACGGAGUAUAUGUAUACAAACUCUGCAGCUAGUACUCCCACUACUCCGAUCCGUUUUCAAUGAGUAUUGUUGUGGUUAUGAAGAUGAAGAAGUUGUUGGGCGACAAGGCAAUAUUAAUAAUGUCCCCAGCGGCACUGCGGGUAUCAAACCUCCCCAACCACCGCUCUUCCGCCGCCGCCGCAACUUCACUGUUCAUAUCCUUGUUCUUGUUGUCACCUUUAUUUCUUCAGCUGUCGUCCGGGUCUGGUAACCCAGAAGUUGAUGCUUUGGCGGCACUGAAAAACAAUUUGACCGAUCCGGACGGUUAUCUACAGAGCUGGGAUCCAUCUCUUAAGUACCCCUGCACCUGGUUCCACGUUACGUGCACCCAAGUAGAUAUCGGUAAUGUUACCAGAAUUGAUCUUGGAAGUUCACAUUUAUCGGGUCGAUUGGUCCCUGAUCUUGCAAAGCUCAACGAUUUACAGUACUUAGCAUUAUAUGAGAAUGACAUAAGUGGUGAAAUUCCUCUAGAGCUUGGCAACUUAACAAACCUGGUUUCUUUGGAUCUCUACAAUAACAAAUUGACCGGCAUGCUGCCUGCUUUGCACCAGUUCACAAAGCUUGUUUUCAUGAGGCUCAACAACAACCUCUUGAGUGAUUCUAUUUUCGUUACAAUACAAAGCCUUACUGCGCUCCAAAUUCUGGAUCUCAGCAAUAACCAAUUCAGCGGUUCACUUCUUAUGGAUUUCACACUCAUGACUAGUCUUAGCACUGUGAAUUUCAGCAAUAACAAACUCACGGGUCCCAUUCCUCCCGAAUUGGGUAGCAUUAAAACUCUGGAUCUGAGCCGCAACUACCUCACGGGUCGCAUCCCUAGGGCUUUGGCCAGCAUUUCUUAUGUAGAUUUGUCAAGCAACUGUUUAGAUCUGACAGACAAUCCAUUCUCCGAUCCAAGAGUUGUCGCGGAUAACAACAACCCAGCACGUUGUGUUUCGGUCGUUAUGCGAAUGUUUUUGCUGUUGUCAUCGUCACUUCUUCUGCUGUCAUCACUUUCCGUCGGCAACGAUGAAGGUGAUGCUUUGAUGGCAGUGAAAAACAUUUUGAACGAUCCAAACAAUGUUCUCGAAAGCUGGAACAAUGCAACUUCUCCCUCCAGUCCCUGCGCCAACCAGCCCUGGGACUAUAUUCAAUGCGGCAGCUUCAAAGACGGCAUUGGCGGUCCUAUGUAUGACAGCGUUACCGAUAUUAUUAUCACAAAUGCAAACCUAUCCGGUCAACUGCCUCAACUCCUCCAUCAUCUUGCCAAGCUCCCAAAUUUAAAAACUUUAAAUCUACGAAGAAAUAACAUAGGUGGUGUAAUUCCUCCGGAGGUGGGCAACUUUACAUCACUUUUGCGUUUGUCUCUCGACUAUAAUCAAUUGACCGGUCCCAUCCCUAAUAGUAUUUUAGACCAAGCUCCACGUCUUCAAGCUCUGUCUCUCAAAAAUAACGGGUUGAGUGGUAAGAUUCCUGACUCAUUAGACAAACUUGCCACGCUCUAUACGUUAAGACCUUCUGGCGUCUUUUGUCUGCGCCGCGCAGACGCGCGCAGAUGAUGGGCUCUGCAGAUUGUUUGUUUUUUGGAAGACAUUUCACUCAAAAAGGUCUUCCUGGCAUCUUCUUGGAGAAGACAUU